GUGCUGUCUGGGAAGCUGCCGAAGUUUGAACGGUUUUGUGAUUACAAACAAGAAGUUUCUCAGCUGUUAGUCAAUGAAAUCCUUGUGUUCUCUCGCCACAUUGGUUUGCUGUUAAUUAUCUAAAGUCAUCACUUUACAUGCCACCAUGAGUAAACAGGAAGAGACCUGGGAGAAGCUGGACUCAGAUUUUGAUCAUUAUCUCGUUGACAUGAAGCCUUACGUACUGAAACUUCCUAAUCGAUCAGAGCGGCAGCGAUGUGCACUGUGGAUAAAGAAGCUCUGUGAUCCUGUGGCUUGUGGAUCGGGACUGACGGGAAGGAAGAACCGCAACAUGUACACACGACUGCUGCUGCACAUGCUCAGAGGGGGUGUUCUCGAGGGACCCUUUACACAGAAACCUGAUGGAGGCAGCCUCAAGACAUUACCCACAUACUUGUCCAUCUACUUUGAUGAGCCGCUGUUUGGGAGACCCCAGGAAGAAAGCCCUGCAGCCGUGCCUGACUGGGUGUCUGGUGAGUUGGGUCAUGCGGACGACACGUGGUCCAGCCUACUGAAGGACAGCUCACCUGCAGCACAUCCCAGAAGGACGCUGGGAUACGACAAGUCUCCUUCCAGGCCGCUGGCCUCCAGCCCUCUGAAGCACACGGGCCGAGACGACAGCACGGUGAAUGGGCUGGGCCGAGCGGCUCUCUCCCCUGAUGACAGUGACCUGGAGGCGCGUCUGAACAGCUGGAACCUCGGGAUUGAAAACCCCAGGUACUUGCGUGAGAAACCCAUCCCCCUGUCUCCGAGCGCUGAGAUGAGGGCCAAAGUCUUGGAGGCCAAGCACCAGGAGGAGAAGCUGCAGCUGCAACAGAAACACGACGCACACGUCCAGAAGAUUCUGGAACGCAAGAACAGAGAGAUGGAGGACCUGAAGAGUCUGUUGAAGAACAAGCAGAAGGAAGCGGAGGAGACCAUCCGGAUGCUGGAGAAAAAAGUCCAGAGCCUUGUUCGCGAGUCCCAGGUCGUCCGUGAGAACAAGGAGAAGCAGAUCGCCGAGCUGAAGAAGAUGGCUGAGCAGAGUGCAGACUCCCUGAAGAACGAGUGGGAGAAGAAGCUGCACUCUGCUCUCUCCGAGAUGGAGCAGGCGAAGUUCGAGCUGCAGAAGAAGCACACAGAGAACAUCCAGGAUUUGCUGGAGGACACCAACCAGCGUCUGGCCAAGAUGGAGGUGGAGUACUGCAGCCAGACACAGAUCACGGAGCAGCUGGCGACGGAGCUGGAGGCGCGGGUGAAGCAGCUGACCCUGGAGGUGGAGAGCGGGAACGCCCUGCGCCAGAGGGUCAUGCAGGAGAAGGCCGAGCUGGAGCUCCACAUCGCAGCCAUCAGCUCCGAGCUGCAGGAGGCCAGCCGCAGGUGCACUCAGCUGCAGAGGGAGGCAGGGCAGCAGAGCGAGCAGCAGGAGGAGGGUCUGCGCAGACUCAAGGCCAACCACGAGGCCGACCUCAGCCACUACCAGAAGGAGCACGCGAUCUCCGCCGCUAAAGCGUCGGAGGUGAUGGAGGGAUUGGAGGGGACCGUGGCCCAGCUGAAGGAGCAGCUGCAGGAGAGUGAGCAUCGCAGGCAGAAGCAGAUCAGGGAUCAGGAGGGUCAGGCUCAGAAGGAGAUGGCUGACAUGCAGUUUAACAACGAGAAGAAGGUGCGUGGGCUGCAGAGUGAGUUGGACAGAGAACACGCCGAGGCCAAGAGGAAGGAGGCCGACCUCCAGGAGGCACUCAGAGAGAAAGAGGAACAGCUGACCAGACUGCGGGAGGCUCAGAGGCUGCAGGCCCAACAGACUGAGAGUGCACUGGAGCACUUCAAGAGACAGGUUGAGCUCUGUUCUGAGAAGGCCUACGCAGACAUGAGGCAACAGAUGGAGAAGGUGGAGGCUGAUCUGAACCAGUCUAAAGCAGUCCGGGAGAAACAGGCCAAGGAAUUCAGCUACCAGCUAGAGGACCUCAAGCAGCGAAAUGAGCAGCAGAUGGUGGAGCUGAGACUGCAGCACGAGCAGGAGAGGACGCACGUCCUUCAGCAGCACAAUGGCGAGAAGGACAGCCUGGUCCAGGAGCACCAGCGGGAGAUCGGCACUCUGGAGGAGCAGGCGCGGGCCGCCAUCGCCCAGUACGAGCGCAGCACCCAGGAGUGGAGGAAGCGCGACGGACAGCAUGUGGCGGAGCUGGAGCUGCAGAUGCAGGCGCUGCGUGAGGAGUUGCUGCAGGCGCAUGGCCAGCGCAAGCAGCAGCUGAUCGAGUUGGGUCUGCUGCGUGAGGAGGAGCGGCAGCGGGCCGCCCAGGAGCAGGAGGCUGCGCUCACACGCCUGCGCGCCGAGAUGGAGCGCGUCCGCAUGGACCUGGAGCGCAGCCACGCCGCCGAGAGGGAGCUGGCGCUGGAGAAGAGUAACAGCAGGCUGAAGCAGCUGGAGCGGGAGUACAACCAGAGGCUGGCAAAGUCUGCACAGACAAUGGCGGAUGUCCAGACGGCGGCGUGUGUGAGUCGUGAACAGUCACAGCAGGCUCAGCAGGUUCUGGAGCAGCAGCUGCAGGAGGCCGCGGCCCGCUAUGAGGAGGAGAGGAGGCGCACCAGCCGCCACACAGACAAGGCCUGCCAGGGACUACAGGAGAAGGCGGACGGCCUGCAGAAGCAGCUAAUGUCUACAGAAAAGAAGCUGAAGACCAAAGAACUUGAGAACCAAGAGCAGAUCACCCAUGUGAGGCAGGAGUGUGAGAUGAGGCUGAAGGGCCUGAUGCCAGCGCAGCUGAGACAGGAGCUGGAGGACACCAUCACCUCCCUCAAGUCACAGGUGAACUUCCUGCAGAAGAGGGCAGCAGUGCUGCAGGAGGACCUGGAAGCCAGCCGUGGAAGAAGGUAACAGCAGUUCAUCCUACACUGAUGGAAGGAUCUCUAAGAAUACCUGAAUGAAGUGAGCACAUCAUACACAUGUGCGUACGUGCACACACACACACACACACACACACACACACACACACACACACACAUUCACAGCCGAAGGAUCACCAGAUCUCCACUCAUUUGCUGUGCCAUUCUUGUUCCUGUUGUUGUUUUUUUCUUUGUUGUUUAUUUAAUACAUUUUUAAAUACAUCUUACCACAUGACUCCAUUGUAUUUAUGACACUUGAUUUGUUUUUGUUGUUUUUUAAUGACACAAAUUCAGUAUAAUGUAUUUUUUUUUUACAUCCAUUUUAAUGUUUUAAUAUGUUUUAAAUCAAGCUGCAUCGUUUUAUUAAAGACAUCAAUUUCACUGUCAAA